AUGGAUACCAGAAGAAGAAUGCCAUUUCUCUCUCUCCUCCUCCUCUUCAUCAUCUCUCCCAACGCCUACCUCUCCAAUGGUUCAGAUUCUAUCACCCCAACACAACAUUUUAGUUGGCCCCAUAACCUAACCUCCCAAGGUGGGGCAUUUGAACUGGGUUUCUUCACACCAGGUAACUCCCAAAAAUACUACAUAGGCAUCUGGUACAAACGAGUCCCACAACAAACAGUUGUCUGGUUAGCCAACAGAGAAAAACCCCUCCCAAACCCCUCCAAUUCAAUCCUAAAGAUUGCAGAAGACGGCAAUCUAGUCCUCCUCAGCCCCUCAAAUUUCCCAAUCUGGUCCACCAAUCUAAUAUCCAAGCCAUUGAAUUUGACUGUAGCGGUCCUCCUAGACACUGGAAAUCUUGUUCUGAGAGACAGAUCCAAUUCCUCUGUGGUUCACUGGCAGAGCUUCGAUCACCCAACUGAUACAUGGCUGCCUGGAGGGUGGCUUGGAUUGAACAAGGUAACGGGUGAAAACCAACGGCUUACUUCAUGGAAGAACUCGGAAGAUCCAGCCCCUGGGCUGUUCUCUAUAGAGAUCGACCCGGGCCCCAGCACACAGUAUUUUAUUAUGUGGAAUGGGACUAAAAGUUACUGGAGUAGUGGAAAUUGGGAUGGGGCAAUUUUCAGUAAUGUCCCUGAAAUGCGAUUGAAUGAUUUCGAUUUCAUUGAAGGCGAACGGAGGAAUUACGGUUUCAACUUCAUCAAUGACAAACAGAGGAAGUUUUUCAAUUACUCACUGAAAAAUACUUCCUUCCUUUCCAGAUUCGUGAUUGAUCAUUCCGGUCAGAUCGAGAUGAUUUCAUGGCUGAAAUCCUCCUCUCAAUGGUAUCUGUUCUGGGCGCAGCCAAUAUCUCAAUGCGAUGUUUAUGCUCUUUGUGGUUCCUUCGGAAGCUGCGACGAGAAGAGCUUGUCCUGUACGUGCUUGCCUGGUUUUGAGCCUAGGUCUCAGAACGACUGGGAUUUGAGGAGUUGGUCGGGUGGGUGUAUCAGGAAAACCCAUUUGGAGUGUGGGCAGAACGGGUCAUUCGAUAGUGAGAAAAACGGGUUUUGGGCUUUGUCCGACAUGAAACUGCCCAACGGCUCACGAUCUUUGGCGGUUGGGAGCAUCAGUGAUUGUGAAUUGGCCUGCUUAAAUGACUGUUCUUGCACUGCUUAUGCUUUCGAGAGCAGGUGUUUGAUAUGGAACGGAGAAUUGUUGAAUCUGAAACAGCUGUCUGAUGGAAAUAGUGAAGGCCAGACACUUCAUCUACGUCUUGCGGCCUCCGAAAUGAAGAUUUCGGACCGUAGUAAGGGGACCAGUACAUGGACUGUUGUAGGUGUGGUUGCAGGGGCUGUUCUUCUAUUGGGUAUUGCUCUGUUUUUUAUUUGUAGGUGGCAGCAACAACGGAAUAUGGUUAGUUCAGAGGCAGUUCAAGGCUCUUUUAUUGCAUUUAGCUACCGAAGCCUGCAGAUUGCAACGAAGAAUUUCUCAGAGACAUUGGGCUGCGGAGGUUUCGGUUCUGUUUUCAAAGGUACUCUACCUGAUCAAACAAUGGUGGCGGUGAAGAAGCUUGAAGGGUUUCGGCAAGGAGAGAAGCAGUUCAGGACAGAGGUGAGCACGAUAGGGAUGAUCCAGCACGUUAAUCUCAUCCGUCUUCGUGGGUUUUGCUCGGAAAGGGCUAAAAGGCUGCUCGUCUAUGAUUACAUGCCAAAUGGGUCUUUGGAUUCUCAACUGUUUGGUGAGAUUUCCAACAUCCUGGAUUGGCCAACGAGGUACAAGAUAGCAAUUGGAACGGCGAGAGGAAUAGCUUAUCUUCACGAGAAAUGCCGAGACUGUAUCAUACAUUGCGACAUUAAGCCGGGAAACAUACUUCUAGAUGAUGGGUUUUGUCCAAAGGUGGCGGAUUUUGGCCUGGCAAAGCUCAUUGGGCGGGAUUUCAGUCGGGUUUUAACAACCAUGAGAGGAACAAGAGGCUAUCUUGCACCUGAAUGGAUUUCAGGACUGGCAAUCACGUCAAAAGCUGAUGUCUACAGCUAUGGCAUGAUGGUUUUCGAGAUCAUAUCAGGAAGGAGGAAUUCUGAGCACUUGGAAGUAGGGGAAAUGGUGUUUUUCCCUACUUGGGCUGUGAGGAAAUUCACGAGCGGUGAAAUCCAUUGCUUGUUGGAUUACAGAUUGGAGGGAAAUGCGAAUAUGGAAGAGCUCGGUCGAGCUUGCAGAGUUGCCGGCUGGUGCAUUCAGGACGAUGAGAAUGACAGGCCGUCAAUGGGGCAGAUUGUUCAAAUCUUGGAGGGUGUUUUGGAGGUGAGCGUGCCGCCGGUACCAAGAUCACUUCAGAUUCUUGCGGAAAAGCAAUGAAUCAACAAAUUCGUGGUGCAAGACCACUUGGUUAGUAGGUUCCAGCGAGUGAAGAUUGUCAUGGUGAGAUCUCAACCGUCCAAACGUUUCAAUAUAAUUCAUGGCGCAGAAAUUAAAGUUUGUUAUAGUCGCUCUGGUUUGUUUCUGGUUUGUUUCUUUUCUUUGUAUCAGCUGCAUUUGGAUGUUUAAUCGAGUUAAAUUGCGAUAUUUCAGUCUAAUAUAGUUGAAAUGGCCACGCUUAAUGAAGGGUUGCUACCUAUUUGUGGUUUAAAUUGUUUCCUAUACAACUUGAAACCGUGGAAUUUAGCUUCCCCAACUAAGUUAAUUGUUUUGUUUAA